AUGUCGCAGAAAAGGAAGAAAGUGAUAGUGAGUGUGGAGAAGAAAUUGGAAGCGAUAAGAAGAUUAGAUAAAGAGGAAAUUAUUCGGAAGGUUGCGGCCGAUUAUGGUGUUGGGAAAACCACCGUGGGCGAUUGGCGUCGAAAUCGAUCAAAAUUAGAACAAUUCGGAAUAAUAUUCGGUGACGCGAUGACAAGUCGUAAAACGAUGAAACCCGCAGAGUAUGAUAAAAUUGACAAAAAUUUAUUUCUAUGGUUUACUCAACAGAGAGAAAAAGGAUUGCCAGUAUCAGGAACCAUUUUACAGGGAAAAGCAAUGAUGAUUGCGAAACAGUUUCCCGAAGAAAGUGAGACUUUUACAGCAAGUGUUGGAUGGCUGGAUAGAUGGAAGAAAAGGCACGGUAUUCGUCAGUUAAAUAUCUGUGGUGAAAAAAUGUCAGCUAAUGAAGGUGAAUUGAAAAAAUUUAAGGAAGAAUUCGAGAAGAUUCUAGAGAAAGAAGGAUACUCGCGAGAUCAAAUUUAUAACUGCCUUCUACGACAUUGGCUUCACGAGAAGAAGCGACGGCUCCAGGGUAUAAAAAGAAUAAAGAAAGAGUUAUCCUUUUAG